CGCAGGCCGGGAGGCAGAGAAGCGCAGCCAGCGCCUUCGGCGAGAGAAGACCUUUCUAUGCCCGCCGUUCCUACUGACUAAAACCGAGCGCGCGGCCAAAAAAGAAAAAAAAAAAAAAAACCAAAACAGGAGCGUCCCCUUUUCCCGCCACUCAAGAACUUUCGAUUCUUGUUCUUUAGCUGCACCUGAGGAAUUUUUCAGCUCCGUUUCCCCAUGUAAAUGCCAGCCGCCCGGUUCAUUUCGCUUCUGGAGAGCUAGGACGACGAAGAGGAAAAAAAAAUCUUUCCCGGCCAAGGAACAAAAGCGGAGUCCUGCCACUAUGCCUCAGCUCUCGGGAGGCGGCGGCGAUCCGGAGCUUUGUGCCACCGACGAGAUGAUCCCUUUCAAAGACGAAGGUGACCCUCAGAAGGAAACGAUCUUCGCCGAGAUCAGCCACCCGGAGGAAGAAGGAGACUUGGCCGACAUCAAGUCUUCGCUAGUCAACGAGUCGGAAACGAUCCCCAACAGCAACGGGCACGGACAUGAGGUUUCUAGGCCAGGCCAGUCUCAGGAAGCUUAUGAGAAAGGCAGAGAACAUCCUGAAGAAGGCAAACACACAGAUGGUGUUCUGUACAAUAAAGGACCUUCUUAUUCUGGUUAUUCUGGGUAUAUCAUGAUGCCAAAUAUGAAUAAUGAUCCAUAUAUGUCUAAUGGUUCUCUUUCUCCACCAAUUCCUAGAACAUCCAACAAAGUCCCUGUGGUGCAGCCUUCUCAUGCAGUCCACCCUCUCACUCCACUCAUCACCUACAGUGAUGAACACUUUUCUCCAGGGACGCAUCCUUCACACCUUCCCUCAGACGUCAACACAAAACAAGGCAUGACUCGGCAUCCUCCAGGUCCUGAUCUCUCCACCUUUUAUCCCUUAUCUCCUGGCAGUGUUGGGCAGAUAACCCCACCACUUGGCUGGCAAGGUCAGCCUGUAUAUUCCAUCUCAGGUGGAUUCAGGCAACCCUUCCCAUCCUCACUUUCAGUCGACACUUCCAUGUCAAGGUUUUCACAUCAUAUGAUCCCAGGUCCUCCAGGACCCCACACAACUGGAAUCCCUCAUCCAGCAAUUGUAACACCUCAAGUCAAACAAGAGCAUCCGCAUACAGACAGUGACCUAAUGCAUGUGAAGCCUCAGCAUGAACAGAGGAAAGAACAAGAGCCCAAAAGACCUCACAUUAAGAAACCUCUGAACGCUUUCAUGUUAUACAUGAAAGAGAUGAGAGCGAAUGUUGUAGCAGAAUGUACUCUGAAAGAAAGUGCAGCUAUCAACCAGAUUCUUGGCAGAAGGUGGCAUGCCUUGUCGCGUGAAGAACAAGCAAAAUAUUACGAACUAGCUCGGAAAGAAAGGCAGCUACACAUGCAGCUGUAUCCUGGCUGGUCUGCAAGAGACAAUUAUGGAAAGAAGAAAAAGAGGAAGAGAGAGAAGCUACAGGAGUCAACAUCAGGUACAGCCCCACGAAUGACAGCUGCCUACAUCUGAAGCAUGGU